GAGGCACCCCCAGAUCUCGGGGGUUUGGGGGGCCCUGGGCAUGGCCCGGGCUGGGGACGGAGUCGGGGGACACCUCACGGCCAUCCUGGAGUCCGGGAGCAGCGAGGAGGAGGAGGAGGAGGAUGAAGAGGCAGCUCCUGCACAGCACCCACCCUUGGAUCCAGUGCCAGAUGACACCGAGAGCCGGCUGGCCGAGCUGGAGCAAGCGUCGCAGGCGCUGCUGGCCGAGCUGGCGGCGCUGGACACCGAGGUGGAGCUGGAGCAGCAGUGCUGGCAGCGAGCUCAGGCCUUCAGUGCCCAGGAGAACGCACAGCUGGAGAGGCUCAGCCUGGCCAGGAGCCCCAAAGGGACCCCUGAGGUGACCCCAGAGGAGGUGACACCUGUGAUGACACCUGAGGUGGCCCCAGAGGAGGUGACACACACGGAGGUGCCCCCGGAGGAGCCACCCACCCAUACCCAGCUCCCAGCUCCACAGGAAGAUCUCUCCCAGCUCCUGGAACAUCACCGGGACCUCCAGGCACAGCUGCAGCACCUGCACACCCAGCUGGAGCUGGAGCGGGAGGAGCAGCAGCGCCUGCGGGCAGCCCUGGCCGCCAGCCAGAGGGCACUGAGGUCCUUCAAGAGAGUGUCCCAGAUUGUCACCCAGGAUUACUGCCAGGCCCUGGAGCAGCUGGAGCUGGAGCAGGACCUGCGCUGCCACGCCGAGGCCUUCGCCCACCAGAUGCUGGUCCAGCAGAAGGAGGCGAAGCGCCAGAGCUCCAUCCUGCUGAGGAGCGCCGCGCCCAACUCCCAAAUCCUGGAAGCGCUCCAGGAAUUGGAAAAACUCAGCCGGGAGCUGGAGGAGACGCGGCAGGAACGGCGCCAGCGGGAGCAGGAGCUGGAGCAGCAGCGGGAGGAGCUGCAGCGGGCGCGGGAAGCGCUGGAGGAGGAGCGGGAGGAGAAGCGGGAGCUGAGGGAGAGGCUGGAAGGGCUGGAGAAGGAAGUGGGAUCGCUCUGGGAGCAGCUGGCACAGCCACCUCAGAGCCACCCCGAGGUGCCACCGCCGCCACCGCUGCCACCGCCCGCUGCCACCGCCAUCCCCGCCGACCCCCUGGCCACCCUCCGGCAGAGGAAGGCGCGGAAAAGCCGGGAGCAAAGUGACUCAGGGACAGAGGACAUCCAUGCCCGGGCCGUGCAGGAGAUGCUGGAGCGGAUCCGGACCGGGAUCGUCCUGCGGCCGGCCAGGGCCAGGCCAUCCCCGUGCCAGGAGCAGGAGCUGGAGCAGCAGCGGGAGGAGCUGCAGCGGGCGCGGGAAGCGCUGGAGGAGGAGCGGGAGGAGAAGCGGGAGCUGAGGGAGAGGCUGGAAGGGCUGGAGAAGGAAGUGGGAUCGCUCUGGGAGCAGCUGGCACAGCCACCUCAGAGCCACCCCGAGGUGCCACCGCCGCCACCGCUGCCACCGCCCGCUGCCACCGCCAUCCCCGCCGAGGGAGGGGACAGGGUGACAGACUUGUCACCUCCUGUCCCCUCUGGUGUCACCUCCUGUCCCCCCCGCAGCCCCCUGGCCACCCUCCGGCAGAGGAAGGCGCGGAAAAGCCGGGAGCAAAGUGACUCAGGGACAGAGGACAUCCAUGCCCGGGCCGUGCAGGAGAUGCUGGAGCGGAUCCGGACCGGGAUCGUCCUGCGGCCGGCCAGGGCCAGGCCAUCCCCGUGCCAGGACUCCAUGACCAGCAAGAGGAGGAGCGCAGCGCUGGAGCUGCAGGGGAUCCUGGGUGCCCUGCGGAGGCCGAGCCGGAGGCGCAGCCGGAAGAGCCGGGAUCAGCAGCUGGGAUCCGUCCUGGAGCUGGGAUCCAUCCUGGAGCGGCGGCGCCGGGCCCUGGACGCGUCCAUGGGGGAUUCCGUGGGCAAUUCCAUGGGCAACAAUUCCAUGGGAAACCAGUCCAUGGGCAACAAUUCCAUGGGGAAUUCCAUGGGCAUCAAUUCCUUUGGCACCAAUUCCAUGAGGAGUUCCAUGGGCACCAAUUCCAUGGGCACCAAUUCCAUGGGCACCAAUUCCAUGGGCACCAAUUCCAUGGGCACCAAUUCCAUGGGCACCAAUUCCAUGGGCACCAAUUCCAUGGGCACCAAUUCCAUGGGCACCAAUUCCAUGAGCACCAAUUCCAUGGGCACCAGUUCCACGGGCACCAAUUCCAUGCGGAAUUCCACGGGAGCACAGGAGCGUGACGGAGCUGGGAAGGAGCCAGACGCGGGAAACCGCAACAAGGACCAGGAGCAGGACACGGAUAAGGACAAGGACACGGACACGGCCAGUGUCCCCUUCCGGCCCCGGGGCCUUGGUGGCCUCCCCAGGACACGUCCCCGCCCCCGCUGGGCCUGGGACAGCGGGGACAACGCCUAG